AUGAAUAAAAAAACAACAAACACUGUAAACAAGGAAGACGAACGACGUAAUUCUUUGGCUCAAUUAGCUUAUGAAUACGAGGUUUUGUGUAAUGAAUUGUUUCAUUUGAAAGAAUAUAUAUCGUUGCUUGAGUUUGAUCCAAGUUAUAGAAACAGCUCAAAUAGCUAUGAUACGUUUAUUAAGGAAAAUGAUCUUUCCUUGAAGUCAUUAGAUAUUAAAAAGGAAAAUGGAAGUACUAGUAGGUCUGAAGUCUCAAAUACUGCCCUAAGGGUUAGAAAACGUCAAUUAAGACAGAGUGGGAAUGAGCAACCACAAGCAAAGGAUACCUAUUGGUUUGAUGAUAUAAAACCGCUAGUGGAUAAAAAAUACGAUGCAUUGUCAACCGAAAUCGAUGUUGUUGACAAAGAUAAUAAAAUUAAUACAAAGCCAACGGUAUUAAAAGCUGUAAAAGAAAACGAGACUACAAGUUCAUCGAAGAAGAAAUCUGAAUCAGAAAAGCAGAAAAAUACAAAUGAAACUCAAGUCCCAUUUAAGCCAGAAACGCAUUUGCAUAAUAGCACACGUAAACAUAAGAUACGUAAUCAUGACGUAGUAGAUAAAAAUUCAAAUAAUGAAACAAUAAAACAGAAAGUUGCAUUCACUGCGUCUCAAAACAAUAAGCUUGGAAGUGAAGAAUUAAAACUAAUGAAAAAAGAGGAAAAACCUAAAACAGCUAGAGUUAAUAUCGAAAAAAAUGAAAAUGAAGAUGGAAAUGAUGAGGAUAGUGAUGACUAUUAUUUUACUACUUCUUCGGAUGAAUCAGACACACCAUUUACAAAAAGAAAAAAGAGAAACUUGACUAUACCAACCAUAAAAUUAGUGGUACAUCCUCCUAAACAAACAAUAACAAACCCUGGACAUGUAGUAAAAUCUGAGUAUGGCGGUGUUUCCAAUUUCUUAAGUUCAUUUAGAUCAAUGGAUGAAGAUAUGACUAAUGAAGAAUUCGAAGAUUACAUUUCAGAACAACGAAAAGUAUUAUCACAAUUAAGAAAAGGUCUGGAAAGUGGAGCAUUGAAAUAUGAUGAAGAAACGGACUCUAUUCAGCCAAUAACUACUAAGGAUACAAAAGUUGCUCAAGUUAAUAAGACGCAUGCCAUAUCAUAUUUAUACAAAGAACAAAAUGUUCAGGUAUUUCAAGAUACAUUAGUGAAGCAUGGUGUGCAAUGGAGCAAAUUAUUUCAAAAUAAUAAGAGGUCGAGAAUAUUAAGAGCUCGUAAAGUUUCGCAAAUGAUCGAACAGCAUUUCAGACAUAUAGCAGGUGCUGAAGAAAGAAAAAUUAAAGAAGAAGAGAAACAUAGGAAACUAUUAGCGAGAUCUGCCAUGCAGGCAGUGAAAAAAAGAUGGAAUAUGGCGGAGAGAGCAUAUAAAGUACUGAAAAAGGAUGAAGAACAAGAACUGAAAAGGAUUCAAGGAAAGGAACAUUUGUCGAAAGUGUUAAAGCAAAGUUCAGAAUUAUUAGAUGCUCAACUAAGAAAUAUCACUUCACGUGACUCAAAAGGAGACUUAAAUUCAAGCGAAAUGGAACAGUCAUCUGAGGAUGAUUUAUCUAACGAAGAUGACGUAACUUCGUCUUCUGAGGAAGAAAGUGAUGGGCAAACCGAUUUCAGCGAGAAGAAAGAAGUGGACAAAGAUUUAUCAGUGGAACAACUCAAAGAGAAAUAUAAAUUUAUAAAUGAAGUAUCAAACGCCGAGACAUUAGAAACAUUGGUUCCCGAAAUUGCUUCUGGAAAUGAUGAAAGUUCCCCAGAAUCCAGUUACGCUAAUACUGCAUCAAAAGAUGAUGGAUUAAAAGCUUUAUUUGAUAGCAUUUCGACAGAUGAUGAAGAUGCGGAUAUAAAUGAAUCUUUCACGGUUUCGUCAGAUGAAAAUGUAAAUUUUUCUGCUUCUGAUGAGUUAAAUAUUACAUCCUCUGAAGAAGAAGAAGAGGAUGCGAAUGAAAGUGGUGAUAAUAAUAAUCCUGAAAUAGAUGAAAAACAUUCUUCAACCGAAUUUGACAAACCUAGUACAACGGAAACUAAGACUUUUGAACCAGAAAAAACUAUCCCUACAACGGUUGUAGACGUACCUACUCCAUCACUGUUGAGAGGUACGUUAAGAAUCUACCAAAAACAAGGUCUGAACUGGCUUGCCUCAUUAUAUAAUAAUAAUACAAAUGGUAUUCUUGCAGAUGAAAUGGGUUUGGGUAAGACCAUUCAAACUAUUUCAUUAUUAAGUUACUUAGCAUGUGAAAAACAAAAUUGGGGACCUCAUUUGGUAGUUGUUCCAACUUCUGUUCUUUUAAAUUGGGAGAUGGAAUUUAAAAAAUUUGCCCCUGGUUUUAAAGUAUUAACGUAUUAUGGUAACCCUCAGCAACGUAAAGAGAAAAGAAAGGGUUGGAAUAAACAAGAUUCCUUCAAUGUAUGCAUUGUUUCAUAUCAACUGGUAGUCCAGGAUCAACAUUCUUUUAAAAGGAAAAAGUGGCAAUAUAUGAUUUUGGAUGAAGCCCAUAACAUUAAGAAUUUCCGUUCAACGAGAUGGCAAGCAUUAUUGAACUUCAACACUCAAAGAAGAUUAUUGUUAACUGGUACACCAUUACAAAAUAAUAUAGGAGAACUAUGGUCAUUAUUAUAUUUUUUAAUGCCUCAAACAGUGACAAAUGGAAAUGGUGUCUCUGGAUUUGCAGAUCUGGAUGCUUUCCAGCAAUGGUUUGGAAAACCUGUGAAUCAAAUUAUUGAAAGUGGACAAGCAGUCGAAGAAGAUUCAGAAACUAAGGAUACCGUUGAGAAGCUUCAUAAAGUUUUACGUCCUUAUUUGCUAAGAAGAUUAAAGGCAGAUGUCGAAAAGCAAAUGCCAGGUAAGUAUGAACAUAUUGUUUAUUGCAAACUGUCUAAAAGGCAAAGGUUUCUUUAUGACGAUUUCAUGUCUAGAGCUCAGACCAAGGCCACUUUGGCGAGCGGUAAUUUUAUGUCUAUUGUGAACUGUUUGAUGCAAUUGAGAAAGGUUUGUAACCAUCCAGAUCUUUUUGAGGUAAGACCUAUAAUGAGUUCUUUUUCUAUUGAUAAUAGUGCUGUUUCAACAUAUAAUGAUACGCAAAGGUAUGUUCAUAACUUACUACAUGCUAAUGACUACAAAGAGAAUGUUGACUUGCAAACCUUAAAUUUUGUGUUUACCAAAAAUGAUGAAUAUUUAUCAUCGAACAAUUCCAAAACUAUUUCUACGUCCAAAUGUAUUAAAGAAUUUGUAGAUGAGGUUGAUAAGUUAAGGAGUAAUAUUGAUUUAGAGCAACGCAAAAAUUCUGAUAAUUUUGAUUUUACCUUAGAGUUUUUUAAAAACUUAGGUAUUCGGAAAAUUCAGGAACUUGUUAAUUCUAUUGAACACCGGAAAUAUUUGAAUAAUUUGAGAUGUGACAAAUCACCAGUAUAUGGUAAAAAUUUAAUUAAUUUAUUAGUGGUAAAGGACGAUCGUUUGGAGGAUGUAUCAUUUUCUGCUGAAUUGAUCAAACCGUUACAAACCAGAAUAAUCUCCAGUAGGGAUAUGAUCCAAAACUUUGCAGUCAUUACGCCUAAUGUUGUAACUUUGGAUAUCAGACCAAUAUCAUUAGGUCUUGACAAUGGUAGUUCCAUUGCCGAACAAAAUAGAGCAGUAGUGAUAAAUAAAUUGCAUAACACAACUAAUCCAUUCCAUCAAUUACAAACGAAAUUAACAUUAGCAUUUCCUGAUAAAUCGUUACUUCAAUACGAUUGUGGUAAAUUACAAAGAUUGGCAACAUUAUUACAUGAAUUAAAAGAUAAUGGGCAUAGAGCUUUGAUUUUUACGCAAAUGACAAAAGUAUUGGAUAUAUUAGAGCAAUUUUUGAAUUAUCAUGGAUAUCUAUAUAUGAGAUUAGAUGGUGCUACCAAAAUCGAAGAUCGUCAAAUAUUAACAGAAAGAUUUAAUUCUGACCCACGUGUAACUGUUUUCAUUCUGUCAAGUAGAUCGGGUGGUUUAGGUAUUAAUUUAACUGGUGCUGACUCAGUUAUUUUUUACGAUUCAGAUUGGAAUCCAGCUAUGGAUAAACAAUGCCAAGAUCGUUGUCACAGAAUUGGUCAAACCAGAGACGUUCAUAUUUAUAGAUUUGUGAGUGAACACACCAUUGAGAGUAAUAUUUUACAAAAAGCAAACCAAAAGAGACAUUUAGAUAAUUUGGUUAUUCAACAAGGUGAUUUCACCACAGACUAUUUAACUAAAUUAUCUGUUAAGGAUAUUCUUCGUAACGAUGAUUCUGAUGACAGCGCUCCAGAGAACGACAAACCAUUAUUGUUUAAUACCUUAGGUUCUGGUGUAAAAGGUUCACAAAAAUUAGAAUCGUUAUUAGCACAUGCUGAAGAUGAAGAAGAUGUUAAAGCAGCUAAUUUGGCAAUGAAAGAAAUUGAAGUUGAUAACGAAGAUUUCGACGAAAAUGCAGACCAAAACUCUAAAGAUGAACCUGGUCCAGACUCAGAACUAGUGCUUUACGAAGGUACAAAACAUGUUGAAGAAUACAUGUUACGUUUCAUAGCCAAUGGUUAUUAUUAUUAA